AAACAGUCUUGUUUUCCAUUGGUGGAGAAGUAUUAGUGAGUAAUGGCGAUGAAGGCUGGUAGAGUUCUGAAUUUGUGUUUAGUGUGGCUUCUAAUGUGUGCCACUCUGCAGAAAAGUGCAGAUUGCCAAGGCUGGAACAAAAUGCUGCUUCCACAGCCAUGUAGGAAUUUGGUGUUGUAUUUUCAUGAUAUAAUCUACAAUGGUAAAAAUGCUGAGAAUGCGACGUCUGCACUUAUAGCAGCGCCUCAAGGUGCUAACCUCACCAUUUUGACUGAUCAUAAUCAUUUUGGAGAUUUGGCUGUGUUUGACGACCCAAUUACGCUGGACAAUAAUCUUCACUCUCCACCCGUUGGAAGAGCGCAGGGACUUUAUCUGUAUGACAUGAAGAAUUUCUUCAGCGCAUGGAUUGGUUUCACGUUUGUGUUGAAUAGCACAGAUUAUAAAGGUACGAUCACAUUCGCCGGAGCCGAUCCAGCUCUUAAACAGAGAGAUAUAUCUGUUGUUGGAGGGACAGGUGAUUUCUUAAUGGCGAGGGGAAUUGCAACCCUUUCAACUUAUUCCGUUGAGGGAGACGUCUAUUUCCGCCUGCGAGUGAAUAUCACCCUCUACGAAUGUUACUGAAAUAAGUAACUUAACUUCAAUUUGCAUGUAUUUCCACAUUUAAUAUGCUUUGUCUGGUUUUACAAAAUAUUGUUUUGAUUUCACUUCCAAUAGUUUGAAUGUUGGGAUUGGGAUUCUCUUUCUACUAGGCAAGUUAGAGUUUGUUGAGAAACCUUUUUGACUAAUCAUUGUUCUUUUACUUCGAUCUUUGCUAGGGUCAUGAGUUUUUAGAAGUUAGAGUUUGUUGAGAAACCUUUUUACU